AUGUCGAAUACAAAUAUAUCUUCAUCAUUUUUGGCAACAAUUGAAAUUGUUACAAUUCAAAUGACAUAUUAUGGACCAAUUAUUCUUUUAACUGUUGGAAUAUUUGGUUGUUUAUGUAAUUUUCUAACAUUUACAUCACGACAAUUACGUGAAAAUUCUUGUGCAUUUUACUUUCUUUGUUCAGCUAUAUUUGAAUUUUUAUCCAUUACAUUUGGACUUAGUACUCGUUUAGCUGCUGAUCAUUUUGAUUAUGAUUUACAAAAUAGCAAUCGAAUAUUUUGUAAAUUUCGUGCAUAUUAUGUUUCCAGUAUACCAUUAAUUGCCACUUAUUUUAUAUUAUUAUCAGCUAUUGAUCGAUAUAUGUCAUCAUCAACUGAUGUUUAUUUACGUUCAUUUAGUAAAAUAAAAGUAGCUUAUCGUAAUGUUAUAAUAUUUAUUAUUAUUGGUUUAAUAUCUUGUUCUCAUAUUCUUAUUUUAUAUGAUCUUCGACCAAAAUGUGCAACUUCAACUGGUAUUUAUGCUAUAUUUGAUAGUAUAUUUGUUGUAUUAUGGCUUGGAGUUAUUCCCCAUGUCUUAAUGUUAACAUUUGGUUUUCUUACUUUAACAAAUAUAAGACGAACGAGACAACGAAGAAUAGUUAAAUCACAAAUGAUGUUAGUUCAAAUUGGUCUAAGUUCAAUAUUAAGUUUAACUCGAAUGAUUUAUUAUACAUAUUAUAUUCAUGGACCAUUAUUUACUGGUGAUCAUAAAGUGAUAGGAUCAUUUUUAAUGUCAUUGACUACACUUCUCUAUUAUACUAAUUAUGUAAAAUCAUUCUAUAUUUAUACAUUAACAAGUCAGUUAUUUCGAUCAAUUUUUAUACAAAGAAUACAUUCUUGUAUUCAGAAAAGAUUCGAAUCGAAUACUUCAAUAAUAAUGAUUGUUUAA